AUGGUCUACUCACUGUCCUAUCGCCGCCCUUCGCACGUAACAUCAUCUCGAGACUCUCUUAAUGGCGAUGAGAAGCAGAAGUCCAUCCAGGAGUCCAUCGCGUCCGGCAACUCAUGCAUGAGCCACGGCAUCCCGACUGCGCUGGGCUUCGACCGUAUCAUUGAUGGUGGCACUUGCCCCCCCGUGACUGUGCGGGACUUCAUGAACUAUCUCAAAUACAUUGAGCACUCGGCCGAAAAUUUGCAGUUCUUCCUGUGGUAUCGGGACUACCAGCGAAGAUGGAAGGAGCUACCGGACAGCGACAGGCAACUUGCACCGGAGUGGACCAAGGCCCAAGCGGACGUAGAUGCCAAUGCUAUCUCGCCCGCCCGGACGAAGAGAGUCAAUCCUCAGAUCGCGGAGGUUCUCAAGGGUACAGACUUCGCAGACGUUACGGCGAAGCCUGUGCUCGAUCGUGCUGACCCAUUCAACACGCCGCCAAAAUCUGACUCUUUCGACGACAAGCGUGAAAUCACAUCCGACUAUGGUUCCUCUUUCGGAGACGAUAAGACCUUGCUGGGAAACACAACCCACGCCCACCGAGCGGUCACAGAACAAGCCUUUGAGGAUGCUGGUAUGAAGUGGAAACCCUUCACGGCACAACCAUUUCGUGAGGAGGUGUCCAAGAUAGUUAGCAUCUACCUUGCAGAAGGCAGCCCUCGCGAGCUCAAUCUUUCGGCCAAAGAACGACAAUCUGUGCUUCACGCUCUCCAGAACACGACCCACCCAUCAGCUUUCCAGGCCAUUGCCCCAACCGUCGAAUAUUCACUCCGCCGUCAAGCUCAUCCGAACUUCAUACGGUGGACAAUCUGCAACGGCAAUCGUCCUCGUGUCGUCUUUGCGCGUGGUCUUGGUGUGGCAGGAAUCCUGGCCGGCUUGCUCGCAGAUCUGCUUAUUACACUGAGCCAUGCAGGACGCGGAUGGAGGGUCCUGCCGUUCGUCGGCUGGUUCAUUGGCAUCGCUACACUCAUCGCCGCGUGGAAGGGUAUGUGCGUGGUGUUGCAUGGACUCCAUCACCGCCAUCUUCGACCAUGGGAGUUGUUCUCAGACUCUGUGGAAUCAGCCGAGGACGAAAAAGCGCUCUCUUCCGAACAGUCUCUCUAUUCAAGCACGCGAAAUUCUUUCGAGGACGAACCAUGGGUACCACGCCAUAAGAAGCGUCACGUCAUCAGAAAGAUCUUCGACCGUGAAGUGUGGAUCAAGGAACCAGCUUUGCGACAGAUCCAAGACACGAUAUUCCUCCAGGCUCUUCUUGGGGCUUUCGUGACAUCAUGCAUCGUCGUUGGCAUAUUCUGUGCUGUUCCCCAUGGCAACCUGUACUAG